AUGAGGCAAAGUACACUCUUCGCCGUGGCAGCUCUAUCAACAUUCGCUCAGGGCGCGGUAGUCGACAGGAAGGAUACGCUUCAACCCAGGCAGAUUGUCAACAUUGGAGGAAAUGGCGAGGUGGAUGUGCAAGGAAAUGGCGCGGUGCAGGUGAAGACGGUCAAGGCCGAGAACAUCCAGGGCCUGACGGGAGCCAAUAACGGCGGCAUCCUCGCGGGCAUUCUCGACGCACUCAAUGGCGCCAACAGAGGCAACCGACAGAACAACAAGGGCCACCACGGCAAGGGCAAGACCAACAACAACAACUGCCCGCCGCCGCCGCCCCCGUUGACAGUGACCAAGACCGUCUACAACAAUGCCUCGAUCCCCGCGCCGUUGACGGUUUUCGUCACGCAAGCUGCUCCCCCUCCCGUGACGGUAACUCAAAGUAAUGCUCCUCCGCCACCGCCGCCACCACCCGCGGCUCCUCUCGUACCGCCCGCCGCACCACCGCCGGCACCUCCUCCGGCCGCUACGCCGUCGACGCCUGCUCCCAUCGCAGCUGAACCUCCCGCCGCCGCCCCCAAACCGCCGGCAGCGCAACCCCCUGCGGCGUCGCAGCCCGCAGCCCUCCCGCAGGUCGGCGCCAAUCCCGCCCAGGGCAACAACCCGACGACGUCCCUUAACCUCGGCGGCCUCAACGGCGGCGCCAACAACAACAACCAGCCCGCCGUCGCCCCCGCCGUCCCCGCCGCGACGGUGCCCGCCGCCGUCAACAACCCGGCCGCCGCCCAGCCCGGCGUCAGCGGCCUCCAGCUCAGCAGCAAGCUCGUCCUCGGCAACCUCGUGCAGCAGACCAUCGGCCUCCAGGCCCGCGCGACGCCCGACGCGCAGGUCCACGCGGCGGUCAUGCCCGCGGGCUGGAAGGAAGACGACGAGGCGUGA